UAUUUAAUAGGUUAUAUACAGUGGGAUUGGAAUUCUACCGUUACAUUUUUUCUUUAUAUUUUUAAUUCAGUCUCGUUGUUAUUCAGGUGGUUGUGUAGGUUGUACAGGUUGCCCAGGUUGUCCAGGCUGGCCAGUUGUUCCGCCGCCGCCGCCGCCACCGCCUACUUGUGCCCCAAGACCUCCUCCUUGUCCACCUAAACCUCCUCCUUGUCCGCCUAAACCUCCUCCUUGUCCGCCUAAACCUCCUCCUUGUCCACCUAAACCUCCUCCUGGUCCACCUACACCUCCUCCUUGUCCGCCUAAACCUCCUCCUUGUCCGCCUAAACCUCCUCCUUGUCCGCCUAAACCUCCUCCUGGUCCACCUACACCUCCUCCUUGUCCGCCUAAACCUCCUCCUUGUCCGCCUAAACCUGGUCCACCGACGCCGCCUCCUAGCCCGCCGAGACCUCCACCUAAUCCACCUCCUGCGCCGCCUUUACCGCCACCGGUCGCGUCUUCGUCCGAAGCUACAUCGGUAGCUCCGGGUAGUCCGGGUUGGCCGGUUUUUCCGCCGCCGCCUCCGCCUCCGCCUCCUAGCGCUCCGCCUUUACCGCCUCUACCUCCUGCGGUGUCUUCCUCUUCCUUCGCCAGCGCCUCGUUGACCGAUCUGAUGAUGCUAGAUUUUCUGUUUGCGCCGGGAAGUUGUCCGGCUGAGCCUCCUUUGCCGCCGGUGAAGGUUUCCUGCUUGGCUGGUUCUUCGGGUUCUUGGGCAGCGGCAGGAGUGUCUGCUGUCACCGGAAUCGGAGUACUGGCGGCUCCCUUGCUGGCCUUAGCGCCUUUUCCGCCGGGACCUCCGGCUCCUGCUCGACUGGUUCUCGUGUCCCGGCUCGCUCUCGUCCCGCCUCCUGCUUUGGGAGGUUGCCCGGUUUGGUCUUCGUCUGCAGCUGGUGAAUCAGCCGCGGGUUUGUCGCUCGCCAUGGAUGCUCUUGUAUAAACUAUAAAACUCUGGUAAUUUUGAAGCCUCUCGCUUGUCGCAAUCGAACGAAUUGGAGGCUCUAACGCGUAACCUCUUUUCCACGUUGGAUUUGACGUUGUCACAAUUCCGUCACAUUUCUAUAUAUCGCCGGUACAUUUUCGUGGUUGUUCAGAGAUUUUCGAAAAAUAACAAAAAAAUUCUUCGUGUUUCCAUUCGCGUCUUCCGUUUCCCCCAUUCCGACCUACGAUCAUGAAUCCCAUCGAUGAAAUCCUCAACGACGACGACGACGACCUGGACAAAUCGCAGUCAUCGUUCUCCUGCGUUAGCCAAAUGGAGAGCGUCGCCGAGGAGUUCGAUCGCUGCAAAAAUCCCCUGCAGGACAUUGCCGAGAUCCUCAGAUUGAAAGGCGGCAAGCCCAAACGUUCCAAAAUAUGCCCUGACUGCGAGGCCGCCAAGGCGGACAAAGAACUCAAACUGGCCUCCGCCACCAAAAAGAAAGAGCUGCGCGAGGCGAUGGCGAUGAGCAGCCGGUGCGCCCUGCACGAGCAACGCGACAGCGAGCAGAGCGACACCGCCCCCGUCGCCGCCCCCGCCCCCGCCAUCGUGGAGGUCCCGCCGGAGCCGGCGGCGGUCGCGACGGAGGGCGAGCCCGUCGCCGACGUGGGCGAGCCGGAGCCGGAGGCGGUCGUGGAGCGGCGCAAGUCGAAGAUGAAGAGCGUGCUGAAGUUCGCGCGGCUGUCGCGCUCGGAGGUGGACGUGCCGGAGGCGACGGUGACGCGGACGGACGAGCAGCCCGGCACGUCGGGCUUCCAGGGCAGGGACAAGAAGGAGGGGUGGUUCCCGCGCGUCGGGAUGCAUUCCACCGAGAUCUACAAGCUGGCCAUGUUCCUGCUCUUCUACAACGUGUUUACUUCGUUCAGAUAGACGUGGGGGAGGUUAUUCCGAGCGAUUGUUUGCACUCGAUGGAUUUUUUUUAUACAACUAUAUAACUUACUAAACGACUGCUGAAUUUUAUUCGAACGUUUGUUUCUUUUAUUUUACCGAAAAUACAGGUUGCUCCAUUUUUGAUUGCAAUAUAAGUUAUAUAGGCCAUGGGUGCGAUAAAGACAACUUCCAUUAGACACUUACAAAGGAAAAGGAAAGAGUGACAUUUGUGUCAUUACAACUUUUCACUCUGACAACUGUCAUUUUAAUAACCUUUCUUUGUUCCACUCAUAGAA